UUCCUUGCUCCCAAAAAUCUCAAUCCAGAAGCCAAGCCCUCUUAAACCCUGAACCCAAACCCUAACCCUAGAUCUCUUCUUCUCACCUUCAUCCAACCAUGGCGUUCUCCGCUCGCAUGAAGGAUCUCAUGAAGAAGUACGGGAAGGUCGCCCUCGGCGUUCAUCUCUCCGGGUCUCCUUCGCCUUCCAUCGGCGGCCUCUACGUCGCCAUUAACAACAAACGUCGAUGUCGAGUCCCUCUUCCACAAGAUCGGCCUCUCUCUCCGGCGUCAAUGACCCUAGCCCUAAGCCCUAGCUCCGCGACCCGCCACGGUUCGUCCUCGACUCCAGCGAGUCCCCUCCCGGCGGCGGCGGAGGCGGCUUUACUAAGAGGAACAGGACGGACCGAGCUGGCGGCGUCGAGCGGUGGGGCCCUUGCUCUCGCCUUGCUCUGCAACAAGGCGUUGUUUCCGGUUAGGGUUCCGAUCACUAUUGCACUCACGCCGCCGAUCGCGAGAUUCCUCAGGAGGAGGAAUCUGAUCAAGGGUUUUUGAAGUUUUUGGUUGCUAACGAGUGAGCCUCCCUCUUUAUCUUUGCUAUUGAAACUGCUUGAAUGGGAGGGGGGAUUUGUUGUCUACAUCUCUGGGAUGUUUACUCCGAAUACUAGAUUUAUGAAAAGUUUGAAUUGAAUAAACGUUUUAAUGUUGGGAAAAUGGGAGAAAAUGUUGUAGCUUGAUAUUGUUUAUUGCUUCAGCUCCCAUGAUUUCCUCUGGGUCGUUGCAUAUUACACUUGUAUUCCACUUUGUUUCUUUUGAGAAGAAGUUAGAAAAUCAUGGAAAGAUUGUGAAUUGGCCUGCCUUCUUAAUUUAUAAGGUUUUUGAUGUGGUUUA